AGGUGUAUUCUCUGGGGUAAAUUAUAAAGUCCCCGACCCCCUUUCACUUUGCAACAAAUACCCCUCCGUUGGAAUUUACACCAACCCCCAGCCCGUCGCGUUACUAUGCUGUAAUGUAAAGUAAAGAGCAGAAACCCGAGUAAAGGCAAAACAAGCAAACCAAAAUGGAAUCGAGAAAAAGCAAAACGGUUUAGAGUUGUGACAUAUAAGGAUGAGCUUAGCAACAGGGUAGUGUGUGGAAGCAGAAGAAGACGACUCCCACCAUGGCUUCCCUUCUUCCUUUCUCUCUCCCUAAACCAAAACCCAAUUUGAUCAAGGUCUCUUCCUCUACUGUAACCGCCCCAUCUACUUCACAGACUCUGGAUCAGAAAUUCGGUCGGAAAGGCAUCAAAUUCAUUGAGGAACCCGACGACGUCCCCGUUGUUGAACUGACUGUCAGAAAUGGCAGCUCUCUACGCCUUCGAAUUCCUGAUGGCCUUGUCACCUCGUACAAGCCUAAAGUCUACUGGAAGGACGACGGGUUCGAGGAGAUUCUCUAUACCCUCCCUGGGGGGACUGGUUCUGUCAAAGGUGGGAUUGGUCUGAUCUUGAAUGAUGUUUCUGAGUCGACUUCAAAAGGGUCACCGGUUUGUACGUCGCAAUGGGUUGUGAAAGAUGUCGACUCCGACUCUAUCGAUGCUCUCCAGGUCGAAUUAAGCUGCGCCUGCGGAGGUCUGGAUGUUACCUACAUCGUUUCACUCUAUCCUCUGAGUAUGGCAACAGCAGUCAUAGUGAAGAACAAUGGACGCAAGGCUGUGAAUCUAGCAAGUGCAAUACUAAGUCACCUAAAAUUUAAGAGUCGAAAAGGGUCAGCUGUCCAUGGGCUCAAGGGAUGUUCUUACUGCACCCAUCCACCAUUAUCUUCAAGUUUUGGAAUCCUCUCCCCAGCCGAAGCAAUGAAACCAGAGCCUCUGGGCUUGUUUUCUUUCGGUUCUGAAACCCAGAACAAGCCAGGUUCAUGGACGGUUGAAGACGAACUCUAUACCAUAUUGAAGAAUAAGGUCAGCAGGGUGUACACAGCUCCUCCAGAGGAAAGAUUGAAGAGAAUAUAUAACACUCCACCCUCCAAAUACCAAACCAUAGAUCAGGGGAGUGGACUCGGAUUCAGGGUGAUAAGGAUGGGUUACGAUGACAUUUACUUAUCCAGCCCAGGUUCUUCUCAGAAGUAUGGCAAGGACUAUUUCAUUUGCACUGGCCCUGCUUCAAUGCUGGUGCCUGUAGUUAUAAACCCCGGUGAAGAAUGGAGAGGGGCACAAGUUAUUGAGCAUGAUAAUUUGUAAUAUAGCUUGUAGAAACUAGAAAGUGAAUCAAAAUUUGUUUUUCUUUGUAGAGUAAGAAUGGCUUGGGUUUUUUUUUUCUUUUCCCAGUUACUAAGUGUACCAAGUACUACUGUUAAUGCAAUGUGAUUGAUUGAUUAGAUUUCA